UCGCUGACACAAACAUUAAAGAAGAAAAAAAAAACAAAUAACUAUGGUUUGUUAUGAACAACUCUAGUUAAAAAUGUUACAAUUUCUAUAAUAAAAAAGUGCAAUAUUGUUUUCAAGCAAAUAAAAAUGCCAGAUAAACAAACAAAAUUAACUGAACGCGAUGACGGUGUUGAGCUGGAAACACAAGUCGUAUUACGAAUGCCAUCGGAACCGGCACAAGUAUUGCGUGAAACAUUACGUGAAGGUGGACCAAAUUUAAAAGAUCGUUUGACUGUAAAAUUGGAAAAUGAUUUACGAUACGGUGAAGUUCGAUUCGACCAUUGGCUGAUGUACACAAAAUUGGUGGAUUUACCAACAGUCACCGAAUCACUUAAAACGAUUGAUGGUAAAAAUUUCUACAAAACUGCCGAUAUUUGUCAAAUGUUGAUGUGUAAAUAUGAAGAGCCAGAUGCACCGACCACCGACGAUGAAUCACCAACAAAAAAUAAGAAAAAAGAUUCAAAUAAAGUGGACAAAAAGUUUUUAUGGCCACACGGUGUGACGCCACCGUGUAAAAAUGUUCGAAAACGUCGUUUUCGUAAAAUAUUGAGAAAAAAAUGUGUUGAAGCGCCGGAAAUUGAAAAAGAAGUAAAACGAUUGUUGCGUGCCGACAAUGAAGCCGUUCAGGUUAAAUGGGACAUUGUACUGGAAGAAGAAGAUCCAAGCAAACCAAAUAUGAUGAUAGGCAAUGAUGAAAGUACAUCACAAUCGGCUGUUGCAAUGGACAUUGCCGGUACAUCGGAAUUGGAUAAAAUUUCGAAACCGGACACAGGAAAAGCAAUCGAAGAUAGUUCGGAUGUUAUUCCACGCGAUAUUGAUAUUUUCGGUGAAGAUUUAUCAUCGUCCGAUGAUGAAGAUAAUAAUAAUAUAAAUGUUGAUGUUGAUGAAACGAGCCGAUUGUCCGGUGACGAUAGUCGAUCGAAUUUCUCCAGUUCGAUGCCGAGCGGUUCAAUGGCCACUGAAUUCAAUAAGCAAAUGUUUAAUCGCAGUCCGUCACGAUUGCGUCAAACAAGCGAUAGCAUGGAUUUACCACACUCGCCCAUAUCCGCAUCAACCAGUCGCCCAUACUAUGAUAACGAUCACAUUGAACCCGAUGACAAUGAAUUUGGUAUGCCACAAAUGUGCCAAGAUGAAAUACAAGGUAAAAUCGCUGAUUUACGUCGUCAAUUGAACGACUUAUGCGAUCAACGUAUUGCCAAGGAACAAGAGAUUUCAUCGAUUGAAAAUGAAACAUUGCGCGCACGAAUGCAGGAUGCACUUGACAAUAUAUUAAGCCAAAUUAUUGAAAGAGAAAUGGAAUUGCAAGACUAUCAAUCAAUGCUUUUCUAAUAAUAAUUUUAUACAAAAACACACACACACGCAGACACAUAUUAUUACACUAUCCUUUCACAAAUUCAAUAGAAAUCAAUUUUUAUGGUCAAAAAUAAAAGAGAAAG